AUGGAUGAAAAACAAAUUCCUUUGGACCGUUUUUCUCAGUGGCUCUAUGCUAUUUGUAUUGUUAACUUUGACGAUGACGUCGGACAAACUAUAGAAUCUAUUUAUCCCCGAAACACUGAGCUCAGUAAUUCUGAACGAUCUACAAUCAGUUAUCUGGCAUUUCCGGAUUCGCAUUCUUCCGGUUUGGAAAGCAAUCACUACCAUUUUCGAUUUAAAUGCUCCUCGAUAAAUCGUCUCAUUUUAAGAUAUUGCACGUUUUUAUACAAUGACUACUCACCUCCAUUUUUACCUGUUUAUGGCAUGUGUUUUGGAUAUGUAUGCUUCAGGCAAGAAAAAGAUCUCUCACAAAAGCGCCACUAUUCUCAAAAGUCUGUUGUCGUUUUAUCUGCACUUCCAUUUGAUGAGCUCUUCUACGAAGUUGCGAAAGUGAUCUCAGAUUCUUAUUUUUCAUCUGGCUUUGCAGCAAUUGAAGAGGCUUGUCAAGAGAUUGAUUCUUGGCCACCUCCUAGGUCGAAUGAGUUCCUUACAGUUCCUCUUCUUGGUACCUUUUUUAACCUACGGAUUCCUUCUGUGGUUGGUACAGCUUCUUUGUCAACUAGAUUCCCUCUUGUUGAUAAUGGAUUAAACUCCAGUAAGGAUUCAAGCUCAGUUUCCAGUUUAUCAACCAUUUCACUGCCAACUCAUGCUGGGACUUGCACAAAUGGGGUUGAUCAGAAGACAGAAAGCGAACCUUCCACGUCGAAUGCUCAGUUAUCAGUGCAUAGUUCGAAUUCUUGCAUAUUCGUUCCAAACAAUGAUUCAUUGUCGAAGAUUCCACGAAAAUUGGAAAUUACUCUCGAGUCGAGGAAUUAUGCCCAAGCCUUUGCUCCAAUCUUGCCGCAUCUUCAACGCAUUUGGGAAUUGGUCAUAACCGCUCAGCCCAUUCUUGUAAUGGCGCCGAACCCUGGUAAGGCGAGUCAAACAGUGCAGGCCUUAGUCUCAUGUAUAACACCCCUUGCAUUCUCCUCCGACUACCGUCCAUUCUUCAACAUCUACGACUCUGAAUUCAAGGAUGUUACUCGUGGCGCUUCAUCUAGUCCGAUUUCGGUACUUGGAGUUACCAAUCCCUUCUUCUCGAAGGCUCUUCAAAACUGGCCGAAUGUUAUUAGACUCGGCAAGGUGAAGUGUGUGGAAAAGAAGAAGAAGUCUCAUCAGCUCACUUCUAAGAAGCUACUCGAUGACUUGAAACCUGGUCUCUACUCUCGUUGCAAACCAUUCCUGAAAAAAGAUGCUGGAUUCUUCAAGCGCCUAAAGAAGUCCCUCACAGAUGGUACUCCUGAAGAGGCUAUUUCUCUUGCCAUUCAUCGGUUCUUUCAGGAAUUGACCAUGAGCUUUCUUAUACCACUGGAGCAUUACUUGUCGAUGCUCAUGCCCCUGCAUCGGGAUAUCUCCCCCUUCCGAUCCGUACCAGUGUUGAAACGCUUUAACAUGAACGAUUUCUUCCAAACACUGGAGAGCGCUGGACCACGACUAACUUGUGAUGUUAAAGGUGAUUGGGUCGGUCUCUACAGGUAA